AUGUCAUCCAUUCCGCCCAUAACUACUCUUCGCGGCGCAUACAUUAUCCUUCGGGCGGCACGACUCGCCAUCAAUCGCACCCAGCGAACGCCCCGGCUGGCCGUGUGCAUAGCGGUCGAUGAACUGGUUUUUAUGGGCACGAAUGGAUGUGAGCCGACGAAUGAGGUACGGUUCGUGGAAGAGGAGAGGAAGGUUUUUGAGGCCCUGGUGAGAUGUGCUGGGUGGUUGGAGCCUCUCGGCAGCGGUACUCUUCAUCCUCCAACAAAACCAAGGAAUGAUUGCCAUGAACCGGCUCCUGCGACUUUUCGCCGCCACGUCUCCGCCCCAAUCACGACAACAUCUCAUUUCCACCCGUACAGUCGCACCCACAAUCCCACACUCGCUGAUUUCGAAGAAGCGCAAUCCCUUCCUCCACUGCCAGCAUCAGCGCUACCGUCAGCAGAGGAGCCGUCAGAAUCAUCACAGGAGCUGACUGUGAGCACGAGACCGGAAACAGCCGGACUGGGAACGCAGGCUGAUACCCAGGUUGACGGUCGCAUGUAUGUAGGGGAGUGGGACCUACUGUUUCUGUCGGACGAUGAGAAUGACGGGGAGGAUGGAGAAGAUGAUGGAAAGGCACGGGAUGAUGCUACGCAGAAGCGGCGAUGUGCCAAAUGCGGAUCUCGCCCACCGCAGUCCAAGGUGAAAAUCGCCGAGGUGCUCGAACCUCAAGGAACCGGCGAUACGCUGCCGGACGAGAUCGCCCGCAGGACUUCAAAACCGCGCCUGGUCGAACACGUACACGGGACGUCGCUAUCAUGGGAGCUUGGUGGAGACUGUCACCGAAGAGGCUGCACUUUCGGAUGUCGGCGCGGGGAACCUCUUACAUGCUGUAAAGUCUCCACGCUCGCUUCUCGGUCCUUGGGGCUGGUGCGGGACCACGAUGCCGCAGAAAUAUGCGGAACAGGAGAAUCCAAACGAGGCAGCAGCCAAAUGAGGGAGCGGGGGUCCGACGAAUUACAUCUCGCACGCAUAGAGGUUGUGUGGGAUGGAGAUGGGGGUCCUGCAUGGGAGGACAUCUUUUCUCCAUCGCACUGGGCAGAAAUCACAUUGCGUCAACACCACUUUCUGGCCAUCGCAAUGGGGCAAUGGGGCAUACGGCGUAAAUGGGGUUUUCGAGGUACAUGUUCGCUCAUUCACUGGGACUUCAAGGCCCAUAGCAUGUAG